CAUCCAACACAACCCCCUCCGGCCAUAAAAAACACAACCCCCUCCGAGGCUCCCGCUCUCCGCGAGCUCCGACCUCCUGCAUGUACGAGCUUCUCGGGACUCUCAUCCGAGUCGAGGAGCAGCGGCCGCCCUUCCCGUGCCGGCACGGACGCCUCUCCCGCCAGGAAUAUCUUUCUUAUCUAAAGUUAGUGCAUUGUGCUAAGUAAAAAUGGUUAUGGGGUUGAUAAAUGCUAACCCUGUAAUCCAUGAGAAAAAAGAGAGGCGUGUACGACAGGCACCGGAGACCACAGAUGAAAAUGCAGUAGAGCCUAUAGAUCAGCUAGAAAUAUUUGAUCACAUUAGAGAUAUAAAGGAUCCAGAGCACCCAUACUCAUUGGAACAGCUGAAUGUGGUAUCUGAAGACUCAGUUGAACUGAAUGAUGAAAGAAAUUAUGUCAGGGUUACCUUCACCCCCACAGUGGAGCACUGCAGUAUGGCAACUGUUAUUGGCCUCUGCAUACGCGUCAAACUCAUUCGGAGUCUCCCUCCUCGUUACAAGGUGGACAUAAGGGUAGCCCCUGGAUCACACUCCACAGAAGCUGCUGUGAAUAAGCAACUGAACGACAAGGAACGUGUUGCGGCUGCACUGGAAAACCCAAACCUACUGGACAUGGUCGAAGAGUGCUUGUCGCCAACAUUUGACUGAGGCCUCAACAUAUCUCAGCACCACGCCAUUGAUGUUCCGAACUCACGCAAGCUUGUUGGCCCCCUAUGGAGUUCACUCCUGUCUUUUGAGAAUUGGGAUGCCUUGGCUGUUGCAGGAGGUGUACAUGAAUUUUGGUUAUCCACUCCUUUAAUUUAUUGUGUUAUUACCUUUUUUUCCCUGGACGGCUUUGGUGCUUGUGAUCUUCCUGAGCGAAGGGAAACGAUGUAAUCAGGUCUUGUGCUGUAGCUUUCAGAGUGUUGUCGAUGCCACCGCGUUUUGUGGCUGUAUAGUGUAUACCCACACAAUCAACUCAACCUAGUAGGAGAAUACGGGAAUCCUCAAAUAUCAAGUUGUUUCUCUUUCUUUAUA